GUGCCGGUAGCGACUGGUGACCUGACCUUGGUCCAGCUACAAGAGAUGGCCAGUAGGCAGCAGCAGGUCGUGGAGACACAGCAGCAGGUUCUUGUGGCCAAAGAACAGAGACUGAAGUACCUCAAGCAGCAAGAACUUCGCCAUGCUCAGCUGGCUUCCGAGAGUGAACGUCUGAGGAAGAUUCGAGAACGAGUUGAGAACCAGGAGUUGAAGCUGAAGAAGCUGCGAGCGCUGAGAGGUCAGGCAGAACAAUACCGCAUCAGUAAUGGCAACCUCACCAAUGAGCUAGAGGCUGUGAAGACGGUGUUCAGUGAGAAAGAGAAGGAGUUGGCCAUGGCUGUGGCCAAGGUUGACCAGUUGACCAGGCAACUCAAGGAUUUGAAGAAUGGCUCCAACAGUGGCAUGUACAGCAACAAGCAGGCAACUCUGAAUUCUGAGGUGGAUAAACUGCGAAAGGAAUUAAUGAUGAGAAACAAACUGAAUGAACAACAAAGUAAUACAAUCACCAACAAGGAAAAACUGUUAAAAGAGCGACGAGAGAAAAUUGCUGCCAUGGAUGCAAAGAUUCACGAGCUCCACCAGCAGUUGAAGCAAAAACAGCAACAGCAGCAGCAAUCAAGUGCCCAGAGUAACAAGGCAAUCAAGUUAAACGGCCAGCAUCCCCAAAAUGGCGGUGUUGCUCCAACAAGAGUACCACAUCAGUCUCAAGAUGCCAAAGAAAGUGGUGGAUUUGCAAAACAUGACAUGAGAAACCAAGCAUUGCAGUCUGAUAUUAAAUCUGGGGAGAAUUAUUCCACGAAACAACAGGAUACAAAUAGGAAUGAACUGAUAGAGGAGUACAAGUUGCCAGGAGUUCUUCCUGUGGAUAAUUCGGCCAGUUUGCAUCAGAAUCUGCCCAGACAGAGCUUUGGCUACUCCAACAAGCCGCCUCCACCAGCAAGGACUAGUAAAUCAACAGGGAUCUUACCAGACAGUGUUCCUAAUCAAAAUAUAAACAUUUCCAAAACUGGCCAAACGCCAAAUUCAGUCAGUGGUCUUGCUAUGUUUGGCUCUCAUUUUUUCCCCGCUGGACAACAGCAGAAGUCUUUGACAUCCCUGGGAGGAGCUGGAGACAGCAGUGGCCAAAAUGGAGGUUUUCCUGAUAGCGAUGCUUCAAACUCUGCCCCAAGAUUUUUCCAGACACCCACAUCUUCAUCAUCACUUCCCAGCAUCAACAUCAGCGAUGAAGAGCGGCAGGCAGGAAGUGGUCAGAGCUCUCCAGCAUGUAGUGAGAGUUCUCCCAGUGCUACCAGCGGAGUGCCGGUCAAAAAUGAGGUAAACACUUCCUCCGUGGGCCCAGUAUCUGCUCUGAUUGACAAGUUAAAUAAAAGUGUUGGCCGACCAGAUGAACACAAUCUGCCUCUGGCCAGUGUGGCCGGUCCCAGACGGUCAAAUUUUACCCAGAGGUCUCAUAUUCCAUCGCAGAAUGGCAACACAUCCUCACAAAUACCUGGCAAAAUGGCUGCCACAGGAAGUCAGUCAGAAGCUUCUCGGUUGAACACACAGAGUUUGGCGAUUGGCUCACCUCCGCAACUUUUACAAGAUGAAACAGAUUCCUCUCACCAUGGCAGUGACUCCGUAGACAUCUCUUCCGCCAGUGCGUCAUCUGUGAAUCCCACAGGAUUGGUACCAACUCCUAACCCAACCUCCUUGUCCUCAAACAGUGGGCUGCACCUCAAUCAGAAGCCAGCCCUAACAUACAGAUAUGCCUCCAAGAAUGCAAUAGCCAACACAUACAUGGGCCGGUUGGGCAGUGCAGCCAUGGACAAGUACCAGAGGAAUCUCAACAUGCUCUACCAAAGUGUGGAUUCACAAGGAAGCAGGCCCACUGCCGAAGAUGUUACCCCCUUCACUCAGUCGUCCCCGGCUGAUGCUCUGUCUACUGGACAGGAUGAUCCCCAGUUUGGGGCUGGUGUUACAUCACCCAGUUACCCGGAUAUUGCCUCGGAUAAAGGAAGUUUCAAACUGCACACUCCAAAACAAGUGCGGAGACGACAUUCGGACAGCGAAAAUGAAGAUUUGAACAAAGCUCUGCAGGAGCAACAAGAAAGGGAACAGCAGCAACGAUUACAGCAGAAACAGCAACAGCAACGCCUGCAGCAGCAACAACAAAUUUUAGGAAACAUCGAUUCUCAAGCAUUAAUUGACACUGAACCUUCCUCACCAUCGUUGGACAAAUCAAAACCUCCUACAGGCAAAGACAAGACUGUAAAGAAUACACAACAAGUUUCUGUGGAUAAGAAGCCACCAGAGUCCACAUCCAGUCCACAAGCUGCUGUUUCUCUGCAGAAGAAUGAAUCCAACAAAUCACCAGCUGGUGGGACUAGAUCAGCAUCAUCGUCAGUGUCAGCUUCAGCAGACCCUGUACCCAAACAGACAAAGAGUAAUUUGAAGAAAGGUGGCAGGAGAUCCAAUAACCGAGUCAGCUUCGAUCCUUUGGCUUUAUUGCUGGACGCUUCCUUGGAAGGCGAGUUGGACCUGGUCAGGAAGGUGGCUUUGCAGGUCGAUGACGUGAGCACACCCAAUGAUGAAGGCAUCACCGCCCUUCACAACGCCAUCUGUGCCGGACAUUACGACAUCGUUACUGUUCUCGUGGAGCUUGGCUGUGAUGUUAAUGCACCUGAUAGUGAUGGAUGGACACCACUGCACUGUGCUGCCUCAUGCAACAACCUACCAAUGGUUCGGUUCCUGGUGGAGCACGGGGCCUGCGUGUUUGCCACCACCAUCUCUGACCAUGAAACUGCUGCUGAUAAAUGUGAGGAGGACGAGGAUGGGUACGACAGCUGCUCCGACUAUUUGUACAGCAUCCAGGAAAAGCUAGGCAUCGUCAACAAUGGGGAAGUGUACGCUGUGUUUGACUACCAGGCCACCAAUACGGAUGAACUAAGUUUCCAGAAUGGCAACAAGUUGAUGGUGCUUCGCAAGGGGGAUGAGACGGAGAAAGAGUGGUGGUGGGCCCAGCUGAAUGGACGGGAGGGGUACAUUCCUCGCAACUUGUUAGGGGUGAUGCUGAUCAGUGCUUGUGUGUAUGCAAAUCAUCCAAGGACCAUCAUGGGAUAUACAAGUGUCAAUCAGUGCCUGUAUAUAUUUCUGAUGUUUUAUCUCAGUAACCUCAAGGUUUCCCAUGCAAAUGAUAUUUUUGUAUAUAUAAUGAAAUAUGCCAGAUUUUUGUUGACUGAAUGCCAAAAUGAUUUUAUUUUUCUUUAG